CGCCCUGCCCCGCUCCCGAUGCUGGCGGAGGGUUUCUCCCUCCACCAUGAAGCUGCAGCGCUGGCUGCCCGCGAUCUUCAGCCACUGGCUGCUGCUGAAGGUGGUCUGCGUGGAGGGCCACAUGACCAAAACCCUGGGCUACCUGGAGCUGGGCACUUCGGGGCUCCUCAAGACCCUCCCGUCCGGCGCCUUGAAGCCUCCACCCCUGCCCCCGGCCCGGCUGUUCUCUGGGGAGCCCUCGAAGGCCAAGGCCGGCGCCCUGAGCCCCUGGGCCUGGCCUAGGAACCAGACGGGCGCCGAGCCCCCGGGCCAGCGGGUCCAGCGCAAGCCCUCGCUCAAGACGGGCCGGGCCCGGAAGAUCUUCGGCUGGGGCGACUUCUACUUCAACAUCAAGACGCUCAAGUUUAGCCUGCUGGUGACGGGCAAGAUCGUGGACCACGUCAACGGCACCUUCAGCGUCUACUUCCGGCACAACUCCUCCAGCCUGGGCAACGUCUCCGUCAGCAUCGUGCCCCCGGGCAAGGUGGUGGAGUUCGACGUGCUGGGGCCCCCGCCGGCCUCCGAGCUCCAGCAGGCCACCCUGCCCGAGGCCAAGGAGUCCAGGGCCUUCAACUGCCAUGUGGAGUACGAGAAGACCAACCGGGCCCGGAAGAACAAGCCCUGCCUCUACGACCCGGCCAAGGUGUGCUUCACCGAGCACACCCAGAGCCACGCUGCCUGGCUGUGCGCCAAGCCCUUCAAAGUCAUCUGCAUCUUCGUCUCCUUCUGCAGCUUUGACUACAAGCUGGUGCAGAAGGUCUGCCCCGAUUACAACUUCCAGCACGACCGCCCCUACUUCGGCUGAACCCCCUCCCGCACCCACCCCCCAAAUAAAAACCCAGCUCGCACAGCUUCCGGGGGGCGGGGAAGGACCCUGCCUCGCCCCGGUGGGGCCGGAGGAUGGGCUUCUCCAAGCCGCGCGGAAGAGGGGGUGCCGUGGAAGCGGGCGCGGGGGAAGCUGUGGCGAGCCCCUUUGGGGACCUGGGGACCGGACGCUUUGCUCCAUCAGCUACGGGCCUGCGGAACCGCCCGGGACCCGGCCAGGCUGGGCGGACGCAGCCGGAUCCCCUCGAACCGUGGUGGCAGGAUGGGCGGGGGGACAAGCGAGCAACGGAGCCGGUCGCCCCCAUCCCUGCGGGGAAAUGGGGGGACGAGGGCCAGGGGCUGCACAGGACCACCGAGUGACACAUGUCCAGGGGUUCAAAUCGGCACGUGUGUGUGUGUGUGUGUGUGUGUGUGUGUGUGUGUAAAUGUAUCAGUGAUAUCAGGGGGGGUGCGUGUGCGGAUUGAUGGCUCAGGGCCCAGUGCAGCUGGGUACCUUUGCCAGCCAUUGCCUGGGGCGAGCCAACCCGCCCUCCUGGCUCCUGCUCGGGGGCUGGGACUGUGGUGAGAGUUGCCCACUGCCGGCCCUGUGUCCCCCCUUCACCCGGCUGCGCCAUCCCCCCCACGGGCAGCGAUCUGUGUGGCCGGGCAGGCGCCGGCCCCGGGGAUGAUGGGACAAUGCCCAGCGCUGCACCCCUCGGUCCAACCUGGCUGCAGGGGGGUGCCCCUCUCCCGUCGCUCCCCUGGAGCCGUGCCCACCCUGCCCGCUUCGGCUGCAGAAUGACACACACACGGGAGGGAGCCCGUUAUUCGGGAGGGGACCAGGGCCUUCCCCCAUUUCUUUCUCCCCCAUGUGCUCCCUGCCUGCCCUGCCCAGCCCAGCCCCGCCCAGCUGCACCCCCGGACCCUGCAGGCUGUGGGGUCGCCCCAGUGCUGCGGGAGGGAAACUGUGGAGGGGGUGAUCUCCUGCCUGUUCCCAGGCUCUCCCCCUUACCCAGGGACCCCCUGAGAUCCACCCCUGACCCCUGCAGGGCUGGGAAGAAGCCGACCAAGGGCUGAAACCCCAGCGUGGCCGAGGGGGACGGCAGAUCACGGCCGGAUUCCCGAGCUCGGCUAAAGAGGUGCAACCCGCAGAGGGCGACAGAGAGUCCUGCAGAAAGAGUGUGAAAUAAGACCACGGGGGGAAGGGGGUGUUGGGUGUGUCGCACAUCUGUGCGGUUGUGUGUGUGUUUGCAUCCUUUGUGGCUGUGCAUGCACCUGUGCUUGUACGUGGGGGUGUCCGUGCGGGUGUGCACGGGGGGGUGCUUGGAUGUGUAUCCGCAGGGUGGUCACACGCUUGUGCGUGUCUCCGUGGGUCGCUCUGCAGCGGACUUGGUUUCGCAGCCCUGGCACUGAAUGAGGGGGCCUAGCCCCGGCUCCCUGAGAUGUGCCCCCGGAUCUCAGCAGGAGCCUUCUCCCACCCCCGCACAUCUGGCAGUGCCAUCCUGCCCAGCCCGCAGCCCCCAGCGACGGGUACGGCGCCCGCCAAGGCAGCAGGGCAGGGCAGGGACCCUCCGGACAGAGCCCCCCUCCCCAGCUGUCGAUCGCUCGUCACAAAAUGUGCAUUGGAGUGAAGAAGUAGUUGCCACGGGGCUGGGGGAGGGGGAAGGGCCGGUGGGGCAGCACAAGCUGGGGUCACCCCCCCCGGGCUGAGCCAUGCACUGGGUCGGGGCAGGGCCCUGUAGCCCCAGUCACUCCCCCCAUGCUCCGGGCAGCACCUCUCCGGCUCAAUCCCCCCCUCAUCCCCCCCCCCAGGCUCUGGGCUGAGACUUCUUCAUAUUUUUGUAACAAAAUAAAAU